AUGCCACCGUUUGAAGGAUCAAAUCCCUUUUCUUAUGGGUUUAAUCGAGAAUCAAAUUCAAGCAUAGUUACAAUUGAUGUGGGUGGUCAGCUUUUCCAAACCACCAAACAGACCCUUUCUUUAGCUGGCUCCAAGUCUUUGAUCUCCCAAAUUUCAAAUUCUAAUCAAAAUAUUCCAUUUAUUGAUAGAGAUCCUGAAAUUUUUUCAGUUUUACUUUCCCUUUUAAGAACUGGAAAUCUUCCCUCAAAAGCCAAAGCAUUUGAUAUUCAAGACCUGAUUUUUGAAUCCCAAUUUUAUGGUAUUGAAAACCUCCUUGUAGAUUCACAAUCAAACCCUUCUCAGUUUGAUGCAUUUAACCUCGAAAAAUCGUUGGUUUUGCCUUUGAGUGGCCGGGAUUCGCCCUCUGCUAUCUCCACAACUCAGUAUGGAUCACUUCAUGUUGCUCAUGGGAGUAAAAUCUCCUCCUUUGAUUGGGCAUUACAGAGGAAAUCCACAAUAUUGACUCAAUUCGCUGCCAUUGAUUCAUUACUAGCAUUGUCCCCAAAAACUGCUGCAACUGGUGCCACGGACUUUUCGGGGUUACAAAUUAUUGAUCUCGAUAAGGGUUUUGUUAAAGAGACUCUGAAUUGGGAGAAUGUUACUAGAUCCGGUUCAACAGUUCAGGCAAUCGGGUCAUCACCCGAAUACUUGUUCACUAGCUUCGAGUCGAGCAGAAGGAAUUCGAAUUGCAUUAUGGUUUAUGAUCUCAACGAUAGCUUAAGGCCUGUGACUGAGAUUGGCCAUUAUGAAAUUUUCGGUGCAGAGCUCGAUUCUGCAAUUCCUUCAACUAAAUUACAGUGGAUAUCUAGUCAUAAUUUGUUGAUGGCCUCGGGUUCUCAUAGUGGACCUUCAGGAGUAUCAGGGAAUAUAAGGUUCUGGGACAUAAGAUCAGGGAAUGUAGUUUGGGAACUAAAGGAAAAAUCCGAUUGCUUCUCUGAUCUCACGGUUUCAGAUUCUUUAUCAGCUAUGUUCAAGGUUGGCGUGAAUUCUGGAGAAGUGUUUUUUAUGGAUUUAAGGAAUAUGGAUGCUGACAAUACUUGGGUUUGUCUUGGGGAUGGAAGAAAAGUGAUCAAGGGGAAGAAAGAAGGUUUGGGAUGUAAAAUCGAAAGCCAUGGAAACCAAGUGUUUUGUAGUAAAGGAGGAGACAUAGAGCUGUGGUCCGAGGUUCAGGCCGGUACAUUGAAAACUCGGGAAGGUGGUUUACAGGACAGAGUUUUCCGAAGGAACUUGAUGGGGAGAGCGAAGGAUAUGGGAGGAAGCCGGAUAACCAACUUGAAUUUCGGAGGGAAUAAAAUGUUCGUGACAAAGAAGGACCAGCAAUGUGUUGAAGUUUGGAGUUCAGGGAGAGUGUAG